CUCGCGUUAUUUAUACAUAUAUCUUACCAUAAAUUUUCUUAUGCUUAUUCUCAUUCUUAUUACAAUCAAUCAAUCAAGCUACAUGUUUAUUGAAAAAUAAAAUAAGAAGGAAAAUUCAAUAUGGAGGGAGAUAAUGAUCCAAAGAAGAAGUUGCUAGAUGAAGAAGAAGAAGAAUUGUCAUUGGUGAAGAAGAUGUGGAAAGAGAGCAAGAUGAUGUGGGUGGUUGCAGGUCCAGCCAUAUUCUGUUAGGAAUGGCUAGUGCAUUGGCAACACUAUGUGGACAAGCAUACGGUGCAAAAGAAUAUGGCCUAAUGGGAGUGUAUCUUCAAAGAUCAUGGAUAGUUUUAUCUUUAACUGCACUCAUUCUUCUUCCACUAUUCAUAUUCACAACUCCAAUUUUAAUUAUCCUAGGCCAAGAUGAAACCAUAUCACAAGUAGCAGGAACCAUUGGUUAUUUAUCAAUUCCAAUUUUGUUUGCUUUUAUUGCCUCAUUCACUACCCAAACAUUCCUUCAGUCACAAAGCAGGAAUAACAUUAUUGCAUACUUGGCAGCUUUCUCAAUUUCUGUUCAUGUAUUACUCUCUUGGCUCUUAACAAUGAAAAUCAAGCUUGGGAUUGCUGGUGCAAUGAUUUCAAUAAGUUUGGCCUUAUGGAUUCCAAAUAUUGGUCAACUUAUAUUUAUUACAUGUGGUUGGUGUUCUGAUACUUGGAAAGGUUUCUCAUUUUUAGCUUUCCAAGAUCUUUGGCCUGUUGUCAAGCUUUCCCUUUCUUCAGGUUUCAUGUUAUGUCUUGAGCUAUGGUACAACACGGUAUUGAUUCUUUUAACAGGCAACAUGGAAAAUGCAGAGAUUCAAAUUGAUGCUCUAGCCAUAUGUCUCAACAUCAAUGGAUGGGAAAUGAUGAUAUCACUUGGUUUCAUGGCUGCAGCAAGUGUUAGAGUGGCAAAUGAGCUUGGAAAAGGAAGUGCAAAAGAUGCAAAGUUUGCAGUGAACAUGAUAGUCCUAACAUCAUUCACAAUUGGGUUCCUUCUAUUUUUAUUUUUCUUAUUUUUUAGAGAAAGACUUGCUUAUAUUUUUACCACAAACAAAGACGUGGCCUCAGCUGUUGGUGAUUUGUCACCUCUAUUAGCAGUUUCUAUACUACUAAACAGUGUUCAACCUGUACUAUCAGGAGUUGCUAUUGGAGCAGGGUGGCAAAGUAUUGUAGCAUAUGUGAACCUAGGUUGUUAUUACAUCAUAGGUAUUCCUGUUGGGAUUGUACUUGGUAAAGUUUACCAUUUGCAAGUCAAGGGUAUAUGGAUUGGUAUGUUGUUUGGAACACUUAUUCAGACUAUUAUACUACUCAUGAUCAGCUACAAAACUGAUUGGGACAAACAGGUAACUAAUGCUCGAAAUCGUAUUAAUAAGUGGUCUAAGGUGGACCCGGAUCAUGAAACAGUUGCAUCAUCAGAUAAUUAGUUUCAAUGUCCCUUACUCCUUAGUGUAUGUUUUGGAAAACUUAUUUCUGCAAAAUCUCCCAUUUUUCCGUCUUGUGCGAUUGAUUGAUAUUUUCUGUUGUUACUGUUGAAUCUCGAAAUUCAAGUAUUAGUUGAACUUCAUUUAUUUAUCAUUACAUUCUCUUGAAUUCACAAAUAGUACAAAGUCUCUUAAACUUAAUUUCAUUUCAUGUAUCAAAUCAAAUUGUGCAAUAAGUGCAAUCUUCA